CCGCCUCUCGCGAUAAGCAGUUCGCCCCCCAGUCCAACGACAGAAAAGAAGGUACGAAAGUGAUUUUUUGUGAGGAAGAUGUCUCACAAAGCCACAACCUCCUCCCUGAUGGCCCUUCAUUCAGAUUCACAUGAGCAGAGCAUCCUGAGCAAAUUCAACAAGCUCAGGAAAAGGGACUUGUUGUGUGACAUCACUCUUGUUGUGGAGGAUAUGCACUUCAAGGCGCACAAAGCCCUGCUGGCAGCAAGCAGCGAAUACUUCUCCCUCAUGUUCACGGCAAAAGAUCAGAGCACUCAGUCUACCUUCCAGCUAGACGGUAUGGCAGCUGAGAUGUUUGCGGCGGUUCUGGAGUUCAUCUACAGCGCUCAGGUGUCUGUGGAGCAGAGCGCCACGGAGCAGCUUCUGGCCACUGCCCGGCUCAUGCAGGUCAGUGAUCUUGUGAAGGCUCUCACUGAACUCGCACACUCUGCUGCAGGGGUUACAGGUGGGGAGGUAAAGGCAGACAAAGCUGAGGUACCAAAUCAGUCAAAACGCAAAAGAGGACGACCAAAGAAAAAUGUGAACGCUGCUGUAGCAGAGAUAGAGGGGAGAAGUACAGUAUGUGAGAGCGCAGAGGACGGCCAGCCUGGAGAUGUGAACUGCAAAGAUGGAGACAAGGAGCUGCAACCUAAAGAUGAUGCAGAUUAUAACACAGGAGCAAUCUGCAGCCGGCAGAGCAAACGCAAAAUCAAACCACCGCUGAAAUACAAAGGCUACAAGGUGUGCAGUGACACAGCAGAAAGGAAAGAGCCUGGGAAGAGAGGCAGGAAGAGGAAAUACCCCAACACGGAGGCACGGUGUGAGGACUGUGGCAAAGUGUUCAAAAACCACCUCUUUUUAAAGAUUCACCAAAGGACUCAUACAGGAGAGAAGCCUUUCCGAUGCCCGGUCUGCGGGAAAUGUUUUACCCAGAAACACACUCUGCUGGUUCACCAGCGUAUGCACACCGGAGAGAAGCCGUUCGUUUGUACCGUCUGCUCCAAAGCUCUCGCCACCAAACACUCCCUGCAAGAGCACAUGAACCUGCAUGAAGAAGAGAAAUCCUUCAGCUGUGAUAAAUGUGGAAAGACCUUCACCCAGAAGAGGCAACUCAAAAGUCAUUACAGACUUCAUACAGGUAAAUCAUUACCAGAAUGUGCUCAAUGUCAUCACAAGUUUCUGGAUACAGCUCAGCUGAAAAAGCACCUGAGGACUCAUACAGGUGAGAAGCCUUUCACAUGUGAGAUCUGUGGAAAGUGUUUUACAGCCAAAAGCACGCUGCAGACUCACAUCAGAAUUCACAGAGGUGAGAAGCCGUAUGACUGCAGCAUCUGCAAAAAGUCGUUCUCAGACCCCAGCGCCAGACGACGGCAUGUCGCCUCCCACUCAGGGAAGAAACCCUUCACUUGCUCCUUCUGCAGCCUUUCAUUUACCCGUCUAGACAAUCUGAAAACACACACUAACACCCACAACAAGGAGAGAGCCGCAACAUCAGAGGCCUCAUCAGACGCGGCAGCAACAGACUCCGCAGCACCUCAGGAGGAGGCGCGUAACAUCCUGCAGCUCCAGCAGUACCAGCUGCCCCAGAGCUCCGAUCAGGAGAUCCAGCUGGUGGUGACGGGAGAUGUGGACAACAUUAAUUUUGUCCCGGGUCAGGAACAGGAGAUCAGCAUCAUCACCACAGAGGGAGAGCCAGCAGAAUCGUCUCACUCUAGACUGGCGCUCCUCACGCAGCCGGCAGGACACGUGCAGAACGUGGCUCUGGUCGCUCAGGGUGGCGUGGUGGACCAGACCCCUCAGAUUCAGACUAUCAGCAUGUUGGACGGUCAGGUGACACACCAGCCUGAGCAGAUGCAUGUUAUCACUUUGAGUAAAGAGGCCAUGGAGCAUCUACAGGCCCACCACGGUCCCCCGCAGCCCCUUCAGAUCGCACAGAGGCCUGUCCAGCAGCUGCAGGUGAUGCACCAGCCGAUCCAGCAGCUGGCUGUCGCUCAGGAACCCGGGACGCCGCAGGGCCAAGGAGGCAGGGAGCAACACAGCCAGGCUAUUCAUAUCAGCAGCCAGAGCAGCCAGCCCAUCUCCAUCAGCCAGACCAGCGAGCAGAUCUCCAGCCACCACAUCCAGGGUCACGCGUUCCAGAUCCAGGCAGGAACCGUGUCCUACUUGUACACCACCGGACUGCCGCAGGAGAGCUGACGGCUCACUGAAGUCUGACACGAUAAUGCUGCCAUGGUUACAUUAAUAAUGACGUAACGGAUGAACAACAUUAUCAUAUUCCAAAGUGAGAAUGGUUUUAAAGGAACAAGUUUACGGUUAAACAUUCUACAAAUUUAAAUUUUCUGUCGGCCAUUUUCAAAGCAUAUCAUAAUAAUUUCUUCUUCUCUACCUACUAUGUCAACACAGAGGUUUUCUUGACUUGUUCGAGGUGUCAUUUUAAAAACUUUGCUCUGUGCUUCAGGCAUCUGAGAUUUAGGAGUCACCUGCUGAACAGCAACAAAGCCACAAGCACGUUCUUGGUAAAAACAAACCCAGGACGACAAAUAAUAUGCAAAAAUGUCACACAAAUACAGGAUUUCUGAUGCUUGAUAUAUUGGCCAAUACUCUUUUUUUUUUACAUGUACAUAAACAAACUUUGAUCCCUUAUUGUGACCAAGAUAAGCAGGACGUUUACAGUUAAGAAAUAUAUAUAAAUCUGGCAUUACAGUACUGUGAUUUCUUGUUGCAUAUGUGAAGAUACUGUUGACUGGUCUAACUCUAACGUGCCACCAUCAACAUGUUGGAAAGCAUAAUGUAAAUUUAGUCAAAGAGCCUCUAAUAAGUGUCUGAAGGACAAAAAGCUAAAUGUUGACUGUGACGGAUUUUACAAUCUCAUGCAGGUUUUAAGCAUCAGCUGAUUUUUACACUGUGAGCUGAAACAAUUGGUUUCCUUGUUGGUUGAGAGGAAUGCAUUUAUCAAUCUAAAAGCCUAUAAUAGGCUGUAGGAAAUGGUCGGCAUUAAAAUAAUACAUAUGCAAUUUGUAGAAGUUUUCUAAGUUUAUGCAAUGUGCUUAAAAAUAUUUCUUGAUCAAAUCCAGGACUGACAGGUUACAGUGUUUUAUUAAGACUUAUUUACAACUUUUCAUUUUUAAUGGAUAGAAAUAAGAAUAUAAUUCACUCAAUUUUACAUGAACAAAAGAAAUAUGGACCAAAGCAGUGUAACAGAGCUACACUGAGUUUUAAAGGGAGGGCACACAUGUACAGUGUAUGACAGUGGUAGAUGAUGUUGUAAGAUGGUAUGUGAAUGCAUUGGACAAUAAAAUACCUUGUUUUAUAAAAAAAAAAAAAA